AUGGAGGCGGACAAUACAACCGUAGCUGAGGACCGCUCUCGUCGCGCCACCAGCGUCCUAUCUAUGGACGACCUCGAGGCUGCUCAAGCACUGGAAGGGCUUCGGACAGACUUCGGCGCAUCUCCUAGAGCUUCGCAACAAAGCACCGCCUCGCCCGAUCCCAAAUCGCAAGAACCGAUCCUCUCAUUGUUAACGUCCACCCACCCUCUGAUAUCUUCUGCGAUCAACGGCUCCGUAGCCGCAUAUACGUCAUCCAAAUCAUACUCCCCUCGUUUCAAAUCCGGUGCCGAAUUCAUCGAGCGAAACAUUGGCUCGCCGGUAGCCAGUACUGUUCAUACUGUUGGCCGCAAAACAGGCGUGGAAGGCAGCCUGCGCUGGGCGCUACAGAGACACGCAUCCAACUCGUCAGAGUCCAGUCGAUCAAAGCGCCGCAAGGUCAACAGCAACAACAUUCCUGCCGACCGAGAUUUGGAAAUAGGCUUGAGCACGAUGGAUGCCAAUAACACGCCGGAAACUCCAGAUCUCUACCUCAACGAGUCUCUGCCUCCGUACGACGACCACAAAUCGCCCAGCUAUGAGGAAGCCGGUAGGGAGGGCUCUCCUCGUCAGUCUACAUGGCAAAGCCGACUCAUGAUCUCGACUUCCGGGUUGGGUGUUGCCAUGAGCGAGGAAUCGCUCAAGAGCCUGCAAUACUGCUUAACUUGGCUGAGGUGGGCGAAUGGCAGGCUAGGCAAGUCGAUCGUGGCUUUACAGGAGUCACUCAAAGAGUGGGAGUCUCUUCCGCAAAAGAAUGGAGAUGCGGCCAAUGGCCAAGCUUCCAGCCAGACUUUGCUCUCUCAGCGUAUCCAAGCGCUCAAGCAAGACGUGCUAGCUACCUUGAAGCAGGUAGUAGAUGUCGUCUCCAAGUACGCCGGCGGUGCGCUUCCAGAGAAUGCGCGCAAUCUAGUCCGCCGCCACCUCACGUCGCUGCCGCAGCGAUUCCGGAUUGCGUCGACCGCGGUUCCUGCGCCAGACGAGGCUGGCGCGUCUUCUGAGCCCUCCAGCAGCGCCCGCCGGAUUCUGGUGCUUGCCCAGGAAGGUUUGGAUAUGAUGUCGCAGGUCAGCGGUGUUGUCAACGAAACUCUAGUCAGUGCUGAGCACUGGUGCGAGCGGCUGGGCCGCAAGCGUCGGGGCAGCAAGAACGCAGACGCUAAAAAUGCUGACACUAAGGACUCGGAAGCUCAGCCUGCGGCGCGGGAAUACCCUGCCGACAUCAAGCAGCCUGUCGCUGACGUCCAAGAUACCCUCAUGACUGGGCUGGAGCAGGCGUAG